AUGGCAUCCAUUGAUUCUCUCCAAUUCCAUUCUCUCUGCAAUCUCCAGUCGUCGUUUGGAAGAGCCAAGCUUCGGAUUCCUUCAAGUUUGGUUGUGUUCAGAAGGAGACUCGAAAAUCUGAAAUGGGUUCAAGUCGAAACCAGCCGAAGGUUCGUGUGCAAAUCGAUUGUUGAUGAUGAUUCCUCGACUCCAAAUGAAGAAAUUCAGAAUACCCAGAAUGUUGAUGAUGAGGUUGCCACGGCUCAAAGUAACAUUUCCCGUGAUUCCGAGAAUUCAGUUUCGAGAUUCCGGAGUAUGAUUACCAACAUUUCCCGUGAUUCCGAGCACUCAGUUUCUAGAUUCCGGAGUAUGAUUACCAAGGUUGCACGUGAUUCAGAGAGUUCAAUUUUGAGAUUCCGGAGUAUGGUUACCACACUUCCUCCUGUCAUCUUCGUGACGAGGAAGUGCUCAGGGAACAGCGUUUGGAUCGGGAUAUGCAUCACAGCUACUGUUUUGGUCGCUGCCAUUCGGGCUUAUGUAGUAAGAAAGUCGAGAGACAACCGCCCUGCUGGCUCUGUUGCUGAUCUUGUGAGACGUGGCCAGCUGAGAUCUGGUGAUAGAAGAGGCAUCUCAAAAGCUCUUAACUACGAGGACCCGUUCAACAACCCUUUUGUGAAACUCGGUAAAGGAAGCUCAACGGUAGAGAUGUGCGGGAAAGUUUAUCGGCUAGCUCCAGUAACACUUACAGAGAAAGAACAAACUAGUCAUCAGAAACGAAGGUCAAGAGCUUACCAAUGGAAGAGACCAACGGUUUUCCUGAAAGAAGGAGACUCGGUACCGCCUGAUGUUGAUCCGGAUACAGUCAGAUGGAUCCCGGCUAAUCAUCCGUUUGCAACCACGGUUAGUGAUAUCGACCAAGACCUUGCCCAGGACAAUGUCUACCAAAAGCGAGGUGUUCCUUUCCGGAUUCGAGCUGAGCAUGAAGCUAUGCAGAAAAAGCUUGAAGCUUUACAAAAUGAGGAGAAAUUGAAUAAUCUCGGUAUUGACAGUCAAAAUGCCAGAGAUUUUCAGAGGCCGUACAAGUUCUCAGGCAAGCUCGACGACGAGAAUAUUCAGAAGAAUUCUCAGGAGAAUCAUUCAGGAGAUGCAUCCUCUGAGGAGACGCACAAGUCCUCCUGA